CAUUCAUCCGACAAUAGCGGUCAAAGAUUCCAAAAAAAAAAAAGGGUAAAACAAUCCCAAAACACCUACCGGUCCUCUCCUUUCUUUCUCAACCAAUUUUCCACCGUUGACGCCUAAUCAGAAAUGCUCGAACAAACUCUCAUGACCCUUCAUCAACAUCAACGAUCAUGAUGGCGACGGACAGUUAAUCCACCAUACUCCCGCCCUCACGUUAUCAUUUCGUUUUGUCAUGAACAUAAUUGAAGCGGCGCACCUUGGAAGCAGGCGACCACUCUUUUCGCGUUGUGCUCUACUCUUCGUUUGCCCUUUCCACGUUACGAACUGAAAGACCUCGGAAAACUGCCCCAUAAAGAGCAUUAGAUGGGAACUGGAGAUGAAGUAGUGGAAAUCGAGAGCUUGGAGAGAAGUUUGUUGUCGGAGUCUAUUACCGGAGAAGAAGGUACGGAGGCAGAGGAUGAGUCGGUUCUUUGCACGGCGUCGUUUCAGGAGAUGGAAGAGAAUUUCGUCAAAUAUCAGACGGCUCAAUGGGUUUUGUUUUCCUUGCUUUUGAUACUAGCUUGGGGUAUUGGCUUGUUCAUGCUCCUAUACAUCCCCGUUCGAAGAUACAUUCUCCGUAAAGAUAUUCGAUCCCGAAAGCUCUAUCUCACUCCAAACUCCAUCGUUUACAAAGUAACCAGGCCAGUUCCAUUUCCUUGUUUUGGGGUUUUAAAGAAGGAGAAACAUGUUCUACUGCCUUCAGUUGCAGAUGUUGUAAUUGAACAAGGAUAUCUGCAGUCCCUUUUUGGAGUAUACUCUCUUCGAAUUGAGAAUGUUGGUGUAAGAAGGCCACCGAGUGAUGAUGUGCAAAUUCAAGGCAUUGCAAAUCCAAGUGCUUUUAGGAAGGCUGUUUUGACACGCCUUUCAAAUAUGAGGACCGAAGUUUUCUCUCGACAGGUGUCUGCAAUUGAAGAUACUCCAAAUUUUAGGAUUCAUUCACCAGCUUCUUGGCUUUCUCCACCAAGGUCUAAGCUUGAUGCUAUCCCUCAUUCAGGGGAUCUUGCAUUAUUACAAAAACUAGAGGAGGUUGGGAGCUCUGUGAAGAGAGUUCAAUCUUUGAUCGAGGAACAGCAUAGUCAAACAUCAGAAACAGCUGAUUGAGUGCAGGCAAACUAAGCAUCAUUCAAGGCUUGUUCCUGCAGCAGUCAGGAGUCAAGAAGGCAUUUGAAUCUUUUUUCUCACAAGAUGCCGUCUGAAACUACUACUUAUCCUACAAAUAUUUCUGGAUCAAGUUUUGAGUGAGAUAUAUUUACACUUCUUUUUGAUCUUUCCUGAGGCUACAACCCUCAUACUGCUAUAUUGUUGUCCAUCAUUCAAUUUGUAAUUUCUCAUGCCCAAUUAGGAAACGAAAAAUAAAUCUUCUACAUGUAUGUGCGCCGGUUUUACAACUGUCUACUUCAUUCCUUUGUAAAUUCAUUUGCUUUCACUCUAAUUCAUGGAGUUUGUAUUAUACUGUUAUAUUAAUCAUCAUGUUUAUUGUUUAGUAA